AUGGCUGCUUCCGAUGGAUUAUCGCGUAAGAAGCAGAAGAGAGGUGGCAGAUACAGUCUCUCCGACCUGAAAACUCUGGGCCAACAGCUCCUCUCCUCGAGAGCUCACGUUAACAAUCUACCGAUUCUCCUCUCUUUCAUCAGCCCGUCUUCUCCUCCACACUACGCUCUCGAAUCUCUCCUCUCCUUGCAGUCUUUUUUCACCCCUCUACUCCCUGAACUCCCUUCGUCUGCUUUCUCCAAGACGUCCAAUGACUCAAAUCCGGACCCUGAAUUCAUCUACCGCACGUGGCUUCGCUCCAAGUUCGACGAUCUCGUGAAGCUCCUCAUUGAAGUUGCUAUUUCCUCCCAAUCUGAGGAUACUCUUCGUGAAGUUGUUCUGGAGACAAUAAUGGAGUUUGUCAAAGUGGGUAAUGGGGGAAAGUUUCAUUCUGCUAUUUAUCACAAGCUUCUUCAUUCCAUUGUCCACUCUACGUUGACCGUUGGUGAUUCUUUAUUAGAUUUGCUUGCAUCGAAGUAUUUCAACUACAUUGAUGUCCGGUAUUUCACUUUCAUUAUCUUGGAAAAGCUGGCCCGAACUUUGGAGGCAAAAGAUGACAAGAAGGGAAUUUCAGGCGUUUACGAUGCGAGCCAGUCAAUGACGAGCAUGGAGCUUUCUAUUCACAAGAUACAUAAUUUGCUAUCUCAUAUCCCAGCUCUAGAAGCUUCGGAUGAAAAUUCGGAAUAUGAAAUGUGGAAUGGGUUAGGCAUUUUCAUUGAAAAGAGCAAUCACAAAGAACUUAUUGACGUGGAAGAUAAACGGAUAAAAUCUAAGAAGUCUAGUGAUAAGGUUUUAUCAGAGAACAAUAUUACAAAGAAGAUGAAACUGAAGUUUACUAAAGCCUGGAUAUCAUUUCUCCAAUUGCCACUUCCUCUUGAUGUAUACAAGGAGGUUCUUGUUACACUUCACCAGAAUGUCAUUCCUCGCCUCUCUAAGCCAAUCAUGUUAUGCGAUUUCUUGACCCGAUCAUAUAAUAUUGGUGGUGUUGUGAGUGUUAUGGCUCUAAGCAGCCUAUAUGUUCUCAUGACAAAACACGGUCUUGAAUAUCCAAACUUCUACGAUAAGCUUUACGCUCUAUUGGAGCCCUCUAUUUUCAUGGCAAAACAUAGGGCAAAAUUCUUUCAGCUUCUGGAUUCAUGCUUGAAAUCACCACUUCUUCCAGCGUACUUGGCAGCUGCUUUUUUUCACAACCUUCUGCAGAGACAUCCUUCAAUCAACUGUUUGGUGCACCAAGAACGUAGUCGUGAAACUACAGAAGAGGCUUCUGGAGAAGAAAAACUCAAUGUUGAUGAUGAAGAGAACUCCAGUGCUAACAGGGAUUUGUCUGACAAAAAACCAGGCAUUGAUCAUUUUAACGAGGAUGAAAGUAAUCCCAAAGAAACUAAUGCCAUAAGGAGCUCUCUCUGGGAGUUGGAUACUCUGCGACAUCACUACUGCCCUCCUGUUUCAAGGUUUUUUUUGUCCUUUGAGAAUGAUUUGGCUGUAAGAGGAAAAACUGCUGAAAUUGCAGUUAUGGAUUUCAGUUCUGGUUCAUAUGCAACAAUUUUCAAUAGCGAGAUGAGACGAAGGGUGAAGCAAGUCCCAUUGGCAUUCUAUAAAGCAACUCCAUCGUGUUUGUUCUCGGAGUCUGACUUUCCUGGUUGGACAUUCGAAUUGAAGGAUGAGGAACUAAUUAGCUUUAAUCAAUAG